GGAGUGAGGAGGCGGCAGCUCCUGGCCCCAACCCCCGGGUGCAACCGGUAGGCUCUAGGGCCUCGUGGUUGAGGACACCGUGGGACGCUAGGUUGGGGCCCAACGUGCGAAAUGAGUCUAGUGGGAGGCUUCCCACACCACCCGGUGGUGCACCAUGAGGGUUACCCCUUCGCCGCCGCUGCGGCCGCGGCCGCUGCAGCCGCCGCCAGCCGUUGUGGCCACGAGGAGAACCCCUAUUUCCACGGCUGGCUCAUCAGUCACCCGGAGAUGUCCCCCCCUGACUACAGCAUGGCACUGUCCUAUAGCCCCGAGUACGCUAACGGCGCGGCAGGGCUCGACCACUCCCAUUACGGGGGAGUGCCACCCGGGAGCGGGCCUCCGGGCCUGGGGGGACCCCGUCCAGUGAAGCGCCGGGGAACCGCCAACCGCAAAGAGAGGCGCAGGACUCAGAGCAUCAACAGCGCCUUCGCAGAGCUGCGGGAAUGUAUCCCCAACGUACCCGCGGAUACCAAGUUGUCCAAGAUCAAGACGCUUCGCUUGGCUACCAGCUACAUCGCCUACCUCAUGGACCUGCUGGCAAAGGACGACCAGAACGGGGAGGCGGAGGCCUUCAAGGCAGAAAUCAAGAAGACAGAUGUGAAGGAGGAAAAAAGGAAGAAGGAGCUGAAUGAAAUCUUGAAAAGCACAGUGAGCAGCAACGACAAGAAAACCAAAGGCAGGACGGGCUGGCCACAGCAUGUCUGGGCCCUGGAGCUCAAGCAGUGAAGAAAGAGAGAAAAAAAGAAAGAGAAGAAGAAAAAGAAAGAAAGAGUCCCAUCGCUGGACUUGAAUGAAGGACUCAAGGAAAACCUCUCUUGGAAGCUCUGCAGACAUCUGCUCCGAGGACUUUUUGUAUUUGGAAUCAGCCAGUUUAUUUAUGUGCAAUUUCCCUCCCCUUUCUCCUAUUCCCCCUUUGAAGCACCCUAUCUCCAUCCUCUCCUUAAAAAAAAAAAAAAAAAAAAAAAGUGGAUAUUU